UUAUUACUAUCGUUUGUGGUACUAAUUUUUUUAAGAAAAAAAAGUGGUACUAAUUUUCUUAUAGAAAAAUGGGUGGAUUUCCUGGAUUUGGUGUUUGGAUGAAUCAGAACACUCAACAGCCUCUUAAGACCGGGUCCAUGAGAUCUGAGGAUGAUAAAUCUAAGUCGGUGUCACCGAAAGAGAGUAAUAAUAUGGAAUUAUAUCACGACUCAGAGGAGGAAGAUAAGCAAAUAAAACUAUGGAACGUUGCAGAGAGAAGGCAUCCAUGGUAUGAUCCUCCUCCUAAAGUGAAGGUGACAACGAAAAGGGGUAUUUGCCAUAUGAAUAUAGAAUUCACAUUGGGAGUGACCCCUUUAGCAGCCUUCGAAAAUUUGCGUAAACCAAUGUCCCUGUCAAUAGACAUGUCUGCCCGCCAACUUCUGAAAAACAAAUCAAGAAAGCUUUUGAAGAAGGAUGGUCCAAGAGAGAUUGUAGAGACAGAGAACACUGUGGCCUUCGAUUUCCUGUGGUGGUCUCGAGCUUUCCCCAUAAAGCUUAUCGUCGACGAAAACAUUAAAGAUCUUACGGCAAAAUAUAAAAAGGAGAAAAUGAUGUUCAUGAAAGUGUUUGAGGGUAGCUAUAAAGUGGAGCCGAUAUUUGUAGAUUCAGAACGCUUGUGCAAGCAUAGGUUGCCGAAAACCCGAGAAGAAUACAAAAAAUGUAGUGGUGGACAAGGAAAAAUUGCAUCGAAAGUGAUAAUGAACCAAUACUUUCAACCCUUUCCUCCGUUUAAUCUGCCACCGUUUUCAUGGUACAUUAAUAGGAUCACCAUCAGGACCACAAAAACUCUGCUCCAGAUGAUUCAACUUUCGACUGCGACUUUCCGAGAGUUGUCGUGAGUUCUCAUGAUAAUGACGUCAUAAAGACAUCAAGCAACAAACAUGAAAAAUAAUAGCCUAAAUGAACAUUCACAAAAUAGAUGUCCUUAGUCUAUGAAAGACAACAUAUAUAUUUAUAUUGAUUAUUAUAUCCUUUAGAGGAACAAUUUGAGUAGAGUUUAGGACGACGUACAAAUCUGAAAAUGCUUCAGCGCUCAGAACUUCAUUUUAAAGUUAGUAAUUAUAAAAUAAAACUUCUUAUAA